CAUCACUCUCUCUCUCUCACUCACUAUCAAACAAGAAUAAUAGAAGCCACUUAUUCUUAAUAAUAAAAUAAUACUUUUCUCUCAUAAACAAAAAAAAAGCAUGUUAUGUAGUGGGGUUUUAGAUUUUUCAUAAUAUAUAUGUACAUAUAAUGAAAGCUUCUUACCUUUUGUUUGAAAAUCAUUCUUAGGGUUCUUCAUGACAUGAGGGAUCCUUGAGAGUUAUUUUUUUCUUUUUAUAUUUUGGAGUGAUGCAUGUUUUUUUGGCUUGAUUUUUGGAUUUCCCUUUCAUUUGGGUUUUUAAAGAGAAAAAAAUUGAAGUUAGCUAUGAAUUUCGUCGCUUAAUUAUGUAUAGCUAAUAUAAUAUUUUCGUUAUUGUUAAGUAGAAUUAUUGACAUAUUUUAUUAUUUUAGGUACUAAAUUUUAUUUUCGUUAUUGCUAAGUAGGAUUAUUGACAUAUUUUAUUAUUUUAGGUACUAAAUUUAUGUGUCACUAAUUUUUUUUUUUGUCGAUAGUGUUUAAACAAACAUGUAAAAAGGUAUUUUUUUCCUUUUUUAAUUUAUUAUUAUGGAGGGGAAUUAUGGAGAGGCUAUUGAGUGGGAUUGCCAAUUAUUUGAUGAAAAUGUUUUUAAUAAAAGUUUUCCCAAGCCUAGCAUUGCUCAACGCCGGGAAGAAAAAUGUGGUUUCAAUGCUUCCGGCAUGAGUACUUCGACGAUGUCGCCGCCACCGGAUAGGCAAACUUUUCUUACUAUACCGCCGGGACUAGCUCCGACAGCAUUGCUUGACUCUCCGGUUAUGCUUCCGAAUCCACAGGCACCACAAUCUCCUACUACUGGAAGCUUUCAACAGUUCCCCAACUCAAUGUCCAACACUCCAUCUCAUGUGGUCAUCAAUGCUAAUUGUCCAAUCAAGACUAAUACUGUUAUUGAUCAUCAUCAUCAUCCCCUUUUAUUCCCAUCUUCAUCAAACACUCAAUCUCAGAUUACAUCGAGAUAUCAUGAAUUAGGUACCUGCAGUUCAGAUAUCAAGCCUGAAGAAAACAUGAGUGGCAUAAUUAACUUCACAAAUACUACUAAGCAAGAAAAUUACCAUCGUGCAAUGAAUCCAAAUAUUAGUAAUUCAACCGGACCAGAUGAUGGAUAUACUUGGAGAAAAUAUGGUCAAAAAACCGUCAAAGGUAGUGAAUUUCCUAGAAGCUACUACAAAUGUACUGGACAAAAUUGCACUGUGAAGAAAAAAGUAGAACGCUCUCCAAAUGGACAGAUCACAGAAAUUAUUUACAAUGGUGAACAUAAUCAUCAGAAAUCUCAACCUAUUCGACGUGCAAUAACAAGUUCCAAGUCUUGUGAUUUAACAGAAAUAUUAAAUCAUCCAAACAUUAAUAUGAAUCUAUUUGAAACUACUCGUGAGCCUUGUUCGCCACUUGUGAGUUGUGAGGAUGAAGAUGAAGAUGAAGAUGAGGUUAGAGCCAUAGGAGGGAUCAUUUCCAUCGAUGAUAAUGAAUUUGAGCAAAGGAGGAGAAGAGACUAUUAUCCCGCUGAAAUGAAUUUAUCGUCGAGAUCAACAAAAGAACCAAGAGUGAUAGUUCAAAUAGAGAGUGAGAUUGAUAUUCUUGACGAUGGUUAUCGCUGGAGAAAAUAUGGCCAAAAAGUUGUGAAAGGCAACCCAAAUCCAAGGAGCUAUUACAAAUGUACAAGUCCAAGUUGUCCAGUAAGAAAACAGAUAGAAAGGGCACCCGAUGACAUUAAAUCAGUCAUCACAACGUAUGAAGGAAAACAUAAUCAUCAAGUGCCUUCAAUAAACAAGACAAAUGGUGUUACGGCAACUGCUACGGUUGGAAACCAAUCUUCACCUCUAAUGUCAAACGAUAAAUCUUCUAUGUUGCCAUUUUCAGAAAGCCAUAAAGUUUCAAAUCUUGAAACACAAGUACAAGAUUUUAACUUCCAAUUGGAAAGAACAAAUUUUGUUGAAAAUCAACUUAGUAACCUUCGAUGUGGACCCCUCUUUGACUUGAGAUUCCCACCUAACCUUCUAUCCUACAAUUCAUUUCUCUUUAAUUCUACACACAUAUCAAAUUCACUCCCGUUUAACCUACAAAUGCCUCAUUUUUCAUUGCCCAAUAGAGUACCUCCUCCCGAUGAAUUUCAUUUUAACAUAAACACCAUUUCUAGCAAUAAGAAAUCAAAAGCUUCUUUACGAGAUCAACAAUAACCAUCUCUUGCAAUAGGAAACAAAAGCUUAUUCAAGAGAUGAACAAUAACAAUAAAAAUUCAAGAAUGAAACAUCUAUUUCAUUCUUCAGAUAUGUUAUGGACAAGUUUUCUUAGUCGUGAAAUUUCAUUAGUCUAUUGCACCUUCGAAAGAAGGUAAAAGUACUGAAAUGCGAAUAAAGAAAAAAAGGGAAUGGAAGAUGGAGAAAGGUUGAUACUAACAUAGCCUCAUUGUUUUUGGCUUUUAAAAAUGUUUCACGGAUUGAUUUCUAUGUUUUUAUUGUUUUUAACUCAUUUUUUGGUGAUGAACUCAUGUUGGAAUAAGAUCUACCUUUUUUUUUAUGUCA